CUUAGUGACUUCUUCAUUGGCUGCACAUGUUCAUCAUCUCAUCGGCUUCGUCGUCUUCAUCGCUUGUGGGGACUCAUCUUGAGACUGAUCUGUGCCUCGAGUGUGAUCGGUCCACCGCAUCUUCGGGGCGUAUUAAAGGCCGUGUUAACGUUACGUCACAAGUGGUGGAAGCCGCUCCUCGGUCCCCCGUCCUCUGCUCGCCCGCUCUACCUCCUGGAGCUUCGCUCAGGUCGCCGUUUGUGCCAGCUGUCCGCCAACAUGCCGCAGGACGAGCCAUUUGGCACUUUACAAUCUCGGCUCCACCUGCCACGGCCUCUCCGUCUUGGAUUGUCAGUGGGCCCCAGCGCGACCCCCAUCUGUUCGCUGGCUUUCGUGGCGAAGAUGUGGAGAAUUGGCUUGACAACUACGACCGGGUGAGUUCUGCUAACCACUGGGACGAGGUCAUGAAGCUAUGCUACGUCUCCUUCUAUCUCACGGGCGUAGCGAAGACUUGGUUUUUCAACCACGAGAUUGACCUCACCGACUGGAGUAGUUUCAAACAGCAGCUCCGACAAGUUUUUGGUACUCCGGCUGUUCGUUCCGCCAUCGCGAAGAAGAUACUCGACACUCGCAAACAACAGCUCGGCGAGUCAUAUACCUCGUAUAUAGAGGAUGUCCUCGCUCUCUGUCGACGCGUCAAUGCUUAUAUGGCCGAAUCAGACAGAGUACGCCACAUAUUCGAAGGCAUUGGGCCUCUCUCCUUCAAUGUGUUGGCCAUCAAGGACCCGGCUACCGUCGCCGAUAUUGUAGCUACGUGCCAGCGCCUCGACGAACUCGAAUCCGUCCGAUUACCGCCCCCUGACACCCCUGACAACAACCCUACCACCGAUCCCUCGUUGCGCGCAAUGGUCCGAGCAAUCGUACGAGAAGAUCUGCAGUCUCUUGGCUUCUCGGCAGGUCCCAUUCCUGCCCACGCCCCCAGUACCACUUUGCGUGACAUUGUCAAGGAGGAGUUGGCGUCUAUGGCGGGUACUGUGUAUAUGGACCCUCUAGUCCCUAGGCCCCCACCAGCGUACACGCAGGUAGCCACAGUUGUCCCAGCCCUCGUGCCAUCGAUGCCUCCGAAACCAACGCAGACGCACUUGGCUUCGAUGUCUACCAGCACAUCUAACCAACCUUACUUUCCGCCAUGGCGUCCAACCCGACCUAUAGACCUUUUCACAAACCGACGUUUGAGCAGCGCCAUUUGCCGACACGGGCGACGUCUAGCGUCAGAACAUGUUAUGCCGCCAUUUUGGUCUGUGCGCCUUGCGAGAGCAGGCCGGCCGCACAUCGGUUUUGUGAUCUCCGCCCUGCAUUAUUUCGAUUGUUUUCUUCCGCUUCGCUUGUCUUGUGCCGCUUGACUUGUUACAUGUUUCACGUGCUCGCGUGAACGCUCAGUGUAGUGUGCCAUGGCCACAGCAAGCCCAGCCAGUGGAUGUGGUGUUUUGUCGUCGGUAGCGGCGGCAUCCGCGUCUGCUUCGUCAAGACCUAAUCAGCGGUAUAUUUCAUUGUUAUUGCUGGGCACAUAAGACCGUAUCGUCAAUUGAAUCUGAUCACCAUUAUACGUUUCGCGGUUGAGGGUGGCCUGAAUUAGCGAUAGCAGGCGCAUACGUAGCUGUUGGGCAAUGCUUAGAACCAGGCGCCGGCAGCCCGACGACGCGUGUCAGUGGUUGAUUGAUAUGCGGUGGUUACUCCAUACGCUUCCGACGCAAUUGAAUAGCUCAAUCAUGCAAAAUUUAUUGGAUCUGGUGCGGUGCAGGGUGCUUAUAACCAAAUGUCAAAGCAUAAGCGUGGCGAUCGAGUAGCGCGGUACCUGCCAGCGCAACUGAUACAGCCCAUCUUGCGACACCACGGACCCGAGCACACGAGGGUUGGACCCUCCCGCGUCUAACCGUGCGCGGCUUAGCCGUGUCCAGGGAAAGGGGGUUCCUGGGGGUUGAGCCGAUGCCGGGUGUUUGGACCUUUAUGGCCCCUCGGCGGAGGCAACACACCUCAUUGGCCUCUGCUUCACGUAAAUGGCACCCCCGGACUGACCCACCCGGGGGAAAUCGGUAGUUGCCUUUUCCUGUCCCCCUCUCAAAUCUUCGUAUUUCUCUCUCGCUUUAAAUCUUUCCUGUCUUCUUUUCACUUCCUUUUUCUUCUAAUUUCCCAGGCAGCAAGGGUUAACCUGGUGUGUUAUAACCUUGGUUAUAACAUAUGUGGUUAUAGUAACAAUGUACAGUUGGCAUGGCAGGGCUUGCUUCACAACAAUCUCUGCCAUGUCCCCUCGUUGGGCUCGGUGGUGGGUGACUGGCAUUGAUACCGAAGAAACAACACAUUCCAUGGGACCCUCGAAACCCUUCUCACCUGAUCGUCUCCCGAAAAGGGGGCGCACCAAUGCAACCUUUGAAUUCUUUCUGAAGAAACCGGACACAUUCCCUAAGUAUCAUGUGAUUCACUGUGAAAACGCCGACAAAAAAGCGACAAACAUUUCACCUUUCUUGGUAUCAAAAUGUCUCACGGAGGUCAUUGGAAUUGGCUACAAAGUCUCCAAGAUGGCAAGUGGGGACCUUCUGAUUGAAGUAAGAGACAAAAUGCAGUACGAGAAACUAACAAACCUAGUGGCAUUUGGCGAUAAAACCAUAUCUGUUAGCGCACGUCGAACAAUGAACACCGUCAAGGGUGUGGUUUCAGACGACGACCUCAUGGAUUUUACUGAUUAAGAACUCCUGAAUGGAUGGAAAGAAGAAAACGUUAUAAACAUACAACGCAUAAAAAUCAGGCGUGACAACAAAGAACUACCAACCAAACACAUAGUACUUACUUUUGACCCUAGCACACUCCCAGAUGCAAUAGAAACAGGCUACCUCAAACUGCGUGUAAGACCUUACAUUCCAAAUCCACGAUGCUGCUACAAGUGUCAGAGGUUUGGCCAUGCCUCUCAAAGCUGCCGAGGACGACUAACUUGUGUGAAAUGCACUACAAAAGAUCACUCUGCUGACGAAUGUACUGCUGAGGCCCAUUGUGCGAACUGCGAUGGCAGCCACCCUGCAUAUUCCAGAUCUUGCGCAGGCUGGAAAAAAGAAAAAGAGAUAAUUACUAUCAAAGUCAAAGAGAAUAUCAGUUUCCGGGAAGCACGACA